AUGUCGUAUCCGAAGAAGUACACCUUCGACUACGUCGCUGAACCUCCUAGUUCCAGCGCAGACUUGAACGCUGUCUCCGAGGCCGACGAGAGAGGCGACAUCGGCAUCGAGGAUAGGCCUAGUGGUUCCACGUUCGCUCAGCUGCGGCAUGCUCUCUUCACCGCAGGCUUCGGCAUAACCAGUUUCAGUCACCUACUUUUCUCAAACCGCCAAAGCCGCAAACCGCAGUUUCAACGUGAGACUCGACGAUGUCGUCGCUCAUAUGUUGUUGGGAUCAUGAAGCGACUGCUCGUGACCUCGCCAGUCAUGAUCCUAUCCAUGUUUGGAAUUCUACACCUGCUUCAAGUCAUGAUUGGUCGGUCUCGCCUCUUCUGGGAUGCGAACACGAUCGAAUUCCUGCCCGACCUCGAUAGGGCGCACCGGUUCGACAAUGGCUUCUUUCGCUCUACGGCAAGCGCGUCAUCGGAAGAUGUGCUUCCGAUACCAUGCCAUUCGCACAACGAUUACUGGAGGCGGGAGCCACUUUACGAUGCUCUCAGCUGGGGCUGCACAGGUGUUGAGGCAGACGUCUGGCUGUUUGACGAGGAACUAUACGUCGGUCACACUGUAUCGUCUCUCAAACGCGAACAUACAUUCCGCACGCUUUACAUAAACAAGCUAGUGGAACUGCUUGACAAGAUGAACCACGAGCACGGCAUUGUAGAGGAACCCGAAGUUUGGAGCGGUGUCUUUAAAACAAGGCCACAACAGACUCUAACACUUUUGGUCGACCUUAAGGAUAAUGGGCAUGAUGCUUUCCCUGUUCUGCAGAAGCAACUGCACGCACUACGCGAAAGGAAUUAUCUAACUCAUUGGAGUGGUAAUGAGGUCGUCCAGCGCGCAGUAACAGUAGUUGCAACAGGUGACACGCCAUUCGACAUGCUCAUAGCUAAUAGCACGUAUCGCGAUGUCUUCUACGACGCCCCCUUGGACAGGCUCUGGGAAGCGCCUCGAAGUCCAAUCGACCAUCAAGAUCCAAUCCACGCUCUGGACAGUGAGAUGGAUUACGGUCUCGCCAUGUCAAUGCAAGACUCGCCAGCGCCUAACAUACACGGCAUCAACUACUUCAAUACCAGCACUUCGUACUACGCAAGCACAUCCUUCUCCAAGACCGUUGGCUUCGUGUGGCGUGGACACCUCUCACCGAGGCAAAUGGAGAUUAUUCGUGGACAGAUCCGCGGCGCGAAACGUAGAGGAUUAAAGGCUCGUUUCUGGAAUACACCAUCCUGGCCCAUUGCGCUAAGGAAUCAUAUUUGGCAUGUGCUCGUUAAGGAAGGUGCAGACGUACUAAACGUUGACGACCUCGCAGGAGCGGCAAGGCAAAGCUGGACAAUGAGGGUCCAUCAGCUUUGGUAA